ACACUCCCCCUCCUCACUCUUCACACACACUCACACACACACACACCCACGGCAGACACGCACACACCCGGGCGCCGAAGGGAAAGCCGCGUCUCGCUUUCCCGCCCCGCCGGCAGUCCUGUCUCGGCCCCUCAGCAGAGCGGGAAAGCGGAGGCUGGAGCCGUGACCUCUGACCCCGUGGUUAUGCGGAGCCGCCGCAUUCCUUAGCGAUCGCGGGGCUGCCGCCGCCGCCGCCGCUGCUGCCGCCGCCGCCGCCGCCGCCGUGGGCGACUGACGCAGCGCGGGCGCGUGGAGCCGCCGCCACCCCUCCCCCAUCGUCGCCCUCGCGCCGGGUCUCGCGCCAGCCGGUCCCCGCACGCCCGCCCCCUCUGCCCGGCCGCACCCGAGUCCUCGCGCGCCGCCGCCGCCACGCGCCCCCCGCCGCCGUCGGUGCCCCAGCCCCGCGCCGCCGCCACCCGCCCCGCCCGGAGGUCCCGCGUGGAGCCGCCGCCGCCGCCGCCGCCGGGGAGGAGGAGGAUGAAGGACAAACAGAAGAGGAAGAAGGAGCGCACGUGGGCCGAGGCCGCGCGCCUGGUACUAGAAAACUACUCAGAUGCUCCAAUGACACCAAAACAGAUUCUGCAGGUCAUAGAAGCAGAAGGACUAAAGGAAAUGAGUGGGACAUCCCCUCUUGCAUGUCUCAAUGCCAUGCUACAUUCCAAUUCAAGAGGAGGAGAGGGGCUAUUUUAUAAACUGCCCGGCCGAAUCAGCCUUUUCACACUCAAGAAGGAUGCCCUGCAGUGGUCUCGCAGUCCGGCUGCAGUGGAGGGAGAGGAGCCAGAGGACACAGCCGACGUGGAGAGCUGUGGGUCUAACGAAGCCAGCACUGUGAGUGGUGAAAACGAUGUUUCUCUUGAUGAAACGUCUUCGAACGCAUCCUGUUCUGCAGAAUCUCAGAGCCGGCCUCUUUCCAAUCCUAGGGACAGCUACAGAGCUUCCUCACAGGCAAACAAGCAAAAGAAAAAGACUGGGGUGAUGCUGCCUCGAGUUGUUCUGACUCCUCUGAAGGUAAACGGGGCCCACGUGGAAUCUGCAUCAGGGUUCUCGGGCCGCCACGCCGAUGGCGAGAGUGGCAGCCCGUCCAGCAGCAGCAGCGGCUCUCUGGCCCUGGGCAGCGCUGCUACUCGUGGCCAGGCCGAGGUCGCCCGGGACCCUGCCCCGCUCCUGAGAGGCUUCCGGAAGCCGGCCACAGGUCAGAUGAAGCGCAACAGAGGGGAAGAGAUAGAUUUUGAGACGCCUGGGUCUAUUCUUGUCAACACCAACCUCCGGGCCUUGAUAAACUCUCGGACCUUCCAUGCCCUGCCAGCCCACUUCCAACAGCAGCUCCUCUUCCUCCUGCCAGAAGUGGACAGACAGGUGGGAACAGAUGGCCUAUUGCGUCUCAGCAGCAGCGCACUGAAUAACGAAUUCUUCACUCAUGCGGCUCAGAGCUGGCGGGAACGCCUGGCUGACGGCGAAUUCACUCAUGAGAUGCAAGUCAGGAUCCGACAGGAAAUGGAGAAGGAAAAGAAAGUGGAACAGUGGAAAGAAAAGUUCUUUGAAGACUACUAUGGACAGAAAUUGGGUUUGACCAAAGAAGAGUCAUUGCAUCAGAACGUGGGCCACGAGGAGGCUGAAAUCAAGAGUGACUUGCGUGUCCCAGGAGAAUCAGUGCGGCCACAGCGUGGUCCAGCUACCCGGCAGCGAGAUGGGCAUUUCAAGAAACGCUCUCGGCCGGAUCUCCGAACUAGAGCCAGAAGGAAUCUUUACAAAAAGCAGGAACCGGAACAAGCAGCGGUUGCCAAAGACACACAGUCUGUGGUACCAGACAUCCCCCUCUACAAGGACGGGGAGGCUAAGAGCGACUCAGAGGCAGGUGGCCCCCAUCUGCCUGGCAUGGCCUCUGCAGCACCUGACCCAGAAAAUCCUGAAUUCCUGACCCAGCCUGUGGCUUCCCGGACCCAGACCGAUCCAGGCGACCUGGCACGUGCUUCCGCGUCUCCAGACAGGAUUCCCAGCCUGCCUCAGGAGACUGCGGCUCAGGAGCCCAAGGAUCAGAAGAGGAAGUCCUUUGAGCAGGCGGCCUCUGCGUCCUUUCCCGAAAAGAAGCCCCGGCUUGAAGACCGUCAGUCCUUUCGUAACACAAUUGAAAGUGUUCACACCGAGAAGCCACAGCCCACCAAAGAGGAGCCCAAAGUCCCGCCCAUCCGGAUUCAACUUUCACGUAUCAAACCACCCUGGGUGGUUAAAGGUCAGCCCACUUACCAGAUAUGCCCCCGCAUCGUCCCCAUCACGGAGUCCUCCUGCCGGGGCUGGACUGGUGCCAGGACCCUCGCAGACAUUAAAGCCCGUGCUCUGCAAGUCCGAGGGGCGAGAGGCCACCACUGUCAUCGAGAGGCGGCCACCACUGCCAUCGGAGGGGGGGGUGGCCCGGGUGGAGGUGGCGGCGGGGCCACCGAUGAGGGAGGUGGCAGAGGCGGCGGCAGUGGUGAUGGUGGUGAGGCCCGUGGCCACCCUGAGCCCCGCGGAGCCCCGAGCACCCCUGGAGAGUGUGCGGCAGAUCUACAGCGAACACAACUACUGCCGCCUUGUUCUCUAAACGGGGAGCAUAUCCAGGCUGGGUCUGCCGUGUCCAGAGCCAGGAGAGAGGACCCGAUCGCUCUCAGAAAGGAGGAGAGCUGCCCGCUACGGAGGCUUCCAGAUGUCCUCACAAGUGGUCUGGAAGAUGCCUCCCAGCUCCCCAUUGCUCCCACCGGGGACCAGCCGUGCCAGGCUCUGCCCCCACUGUCCUCCCGAACCCCAGUACCAGAGAGAUUAGUUGAGCAACCUGCGUUGCAUCUAGAUGUUAGAACUGAAUGUGAGUCUGGUACCACUUCCCGGGAAAGCGAUAAUGAGGAUCGAGGACCCUCUCUUCUCCGAGAGAAUGAUCCUGUGCAGUCUCUAGCAGGGGGUGUUGUACUGGAAGGAGGACCUGGCCAGACCCUCGACCAUGACAGUGACCCCACCAUGAAGCAUCCUGUGAAUGUGACCCCCACUUCCACCACUGAGUUGUCUUUGGCUGGUUGCCUGCAGGACAGACAAUGUGAUGAUGAAUUAGGACUUGGUGAUUCAUGCUCACCCACGAGGGAAAGUGCUACUAGACAAGAAAACCUGACAACUGAGGCCCUCGUCUCUGAUGGUGCUGCUCCUUGGGUGCCCGGCCUGUCAAAUGGUGAGGCGGUCGGACGGCCUGAACCAGACUCCAGAGGACGUGUCCCAUCUGCUGAGCCCCAGGCUGUGGAAGAAUGGGAGAAAACUGCCCCCCUCAUUCCUGUGUCAGCUGGGGAGUUGACUGAGGAGGGGCUAGUUUCCCCGGAGCACUUCUCUUUGGUCUGGACGGUGCCGUUGCAAGGGUGUGCUGACAGUGCUGGUGGCCACCGCAAACCGGUGGCAGGUGAGAAGAUCAACGGAGAGUCUGAAGCACUAAGUCCUCAUGGCGAGUCCACAGACACGGCCUCUGACUAUGAAGGCCACCUGUCUGAGGACAGCAGCGAGGCCGACCCCAGUGAGGCCACAGUGGUGAAGAGAGCCUUGGUGGCGGACACGGAUGAGAAACACGAUUGGAACCACUCUGCCUCACUCUCCAAGGUGAAUGGUGAUCGGAGUCUGGUUAUGAGGACAGACAGCAUGGCUCCUCCUCAGAGCUGGGUGUCUCGUGUAUGUGCAGUUCCCCAAAAGUUUCCAGAUUCCCUGCUGCUGGCCAGUACUGAGUACCAGUCAAGGCCCACAUUGCUGGGCAGGCCUGGGUCCUCCAUGGAGGCCACUAACCCGCUUGUGAUGCAGUUGCUGCAGGGUCACUUACCCCUAGAGAAGGUUCUUCCUCCAGCCCAAGGCAGUAGCAAACCUGAAUCCCCACGACUCCCGCUUAUGAAAGAGCAGGGCCACGGCGGCUCCCUGGGAGUGGGAUCUUUGCAGGACCCUUUGGUAAACAGCUGUGCAGGUAGCAAGACCAGCCCCCGUUCUUUAAGAGCUUCAAAGGAGCUGCUUCUACCUGAGAUCUGUGAAGUGAGCACUGGUCUUGCCAGGCUGGAACCCACCCAGGCUCCUGGAGCUCCCCAGAAGAUUGCCAAGACAGCCCCAAGUUUAGACUCCCUGUAUUCAGUGACAAAGUUGAUGGCUGCCUCUGGGAAAGUGGAAGAAGUGGAUUCCAAAGAGCAGUUCUCUCCCGUUAGUGUGGAAGAUCAGAAGGAAGCCCGUGACCUGUCCCAGCGCAGUAAUUCAAAUGCUGCCCCAGGCAGAAGUCCAGGAAAUCUCACUACCUCGAGAGUCCCUUGUUUCUCAUCUCCAAACGUGAUCUCCUUGGAUCCCGACCAGACAGGUCAGGCCCUGGGUAAUCAGAAUGGUGCUGGAGGUCAAGGGAAGAAGCUCUUUGGCCCUAGGAAUGAGGCCACGGCCCUUCAGCGCCCCAGACCCGUGGAGCCGACACCACUGCCCGCUGAUGCCCCUCCUGGGUUUCCCAGUAGGAAGUUGGGGCCAAGCAAAAACUCUGUGUCCGGUGGGGUACAGACUGCCAGGGAAGACUGGGCUCCGAGGCCACCGCCUGCCUCUCUUGGUGGUGUCAAGAACGAGAAGACUUUUGGGGGCGGUCCUCUCAAGGCAAAUGCAGAGAACAGAAACGCAGCUGGGCCUGGUCCUCGGGAGCUGGUGGAUCACUUGCAAGGGAUGCCCUUUGUUCUUGACCUGCCCUUCUGGAAAUUACCCCGAGAGCCUGGGAAAGGGCCUGGUCAGCCUCUGGAGCCUUCCUCCAUCCCCUCCCAACUCAACAUCAAGCAGGCAUUUUAUGGGAAGCUUUCCAAACUCCAGCUAAGUUCCACCAGCUUUAAUUAUUCCUCGAGCUCCCCCACCUUUCCCAAAGGCCUUGCUGGAAGUGUGGUGCAGCUGAGCCACAAAGCAAACUUUGGUGCGAGCCACAGUGCAUCACUUUCCUUGCAGAUGUUCACCGACAGCAGCACGGUGGAAAGCAUCUCGCUCCAGUGUGCGUGCAGCCUGAAAGCCAUGAUCAUGUGUCAGGGCUGUGGUGCGUUCUGUCACGAUGACUGUAUUGGACCCUCAAAGCUCUGUGUAUUGUGCCUUGUGGUGAGAUAAUAAAUUAUGGCCAUGGGAAAAGUUGUAUAGUUAGUGUGUGUAUUUUGAUAAUGAUUGAUCUUCCAUCUGUGUACAGAACCCCAUUGAUAUAACAGACUCUGUUUCUCUAGGCAAGAGCACUCUUGCCCCUCCCUAAAACUUGUAGUGCUAAGGCCCCUCUGUCGCUUACCAACUCUGCUGGUCUUGCUGCAAGGGCUUCCCGCGGGGCAGCUCAUUGGGCCGCCCGAGGCCGGCUGGCCAACUCAAGCUCUCGUGCAGACAGAGCCUGGUGUGGCAUGGGGAGCUUGCUUGACACCCAGAGGGACUCGAAACUGAAGAAAGAAGGUUGUGUUCUCCAUCGAGGGAACUAACCUACCCGAACUGAGUAAAAAUGUCAGUCUUCCACUGCCCCCUCCCUGCCGUGUUUCCUUCUGCUUGCUACUCCGGUCCUGGGGGAGUUAGUUGAUGGCUGGGGAAGCCAGCACAGGGUUAAAAUAACUCCCAGCAGUGCCCACCAGGGGGCCCAAGCACCUGCUGACCUCAGGGUCACAGUUCUGGCAUUGGCCAGUUGACAGGAGCCGGUUUGACCUUUGGUUCUGUUGCUGAAGCAAAUUUGGGACUUUCCUGUCUCGGUACAAUUCACUGGCCCACAGGAGCUUUUGGAACCUCGAAUAGACUCGCUUGGACAACGGGGUCGGGCAUAGGGUUGUCUUUCCUCUUAAAAUGCCAUCUGUAGACCUUGUAAGUCAGAUGUCCAGAUAUUUGGCAGGUGAAUUCCUCUGCUUGACACCCUCCCUGUCACUUUGGACUCCGUGGGAGUGGGCAUCUCCACGCACCUGUGUAUGUGAAAGUCAUUUUACAUUUCAAAGCAGUGUGUGUUUCUUAUUUUUAUAUUUUUAACUCUUUAUCCUUGGAUGUAUAAAGUGAAUUUUUUGGCUUCUGUAAGUAUGCUCUAUGCACCUCUAAUGUUUUAUCAUGUAUUUAUAUGUUGUACACAGUACUGGCCGAUUCUGUAAAUGGAUGUAUUGUACAGAGAACACAAGUGUCUCUCCCUUAUUUUCCGUCUUCGGCAUCAUUGCAUUAAAGUGGUGUACUUCUCUCCACCUGUGUCAGAGCCACUGCGCGCUGUGCUGCCCGACACGAGGGUGGAGUGACUGACUUGUGAUCUGCCAGCGUGGCUCGGUCGCCUAGUGGACCUGCUGUAGCCUGCAGAGCCACAGCCAGCCCGCCCGCCCGCGCUCAGCUGAGCAGACGUGUCUCGCCCCUCACGUCUCUUCUCUUCCGACCUCCCACUGGCCGCUCGCUGCCGCUGCCGUACGUGACAAAUCACCGCCACGGGCGUUAAGUGCUCUGGAGUCCAGGGUGAGUGCCCUGGGUGGCCCCAGGCAGGCUUUCCAGAUCUGGCUCCAGGGUUACCACCUUCAGCAAUAGCUGGGGCCGUGUUCUCCUGGGGCCCGAGGGCUCCAUCUGAUGUACUUCUGACAGCAGGUUGCUGAAGAAACAGCCACGCUCGUUGCCUGCCUCUCUCCCAACACAUUAACAGCGCAGACGUCUCCAUAGUUGUCUUCCCUCACCCUGCUUCCUGCCUUACUUCUUACACCUCGACUGGUGGCAGAGUUCAGAGCCCUCAUUUGACUUAGGUCUCCCUAUGUGAGUGCUUCUGUGUAAAGUAGAAAAUUGGUGUGACUUCAGCAAGUGUCAUUUCACCCGAAAGGUCUCCCCCCACCCCACCCCACCCCACCCGGGUUCAUCCACUGUGGCAUUUUUGUCAUCUGAAGCACGAGUGAGAAGUUGGCAAUCAUGUGACUUAAAUGCAGUAUUGGCCAAGUCCCGAGUUGGCAGCUUCAAGAGUCUGUUUACCAAAGACAGGGAGCAGAGGCCCAAGUGUGUUUGAUCCUCUUCUUCCUUCUGCUGUGACCUUUGGCGGCCUCUAGGCUACAGGCAGAAACUGGUCUGGUCCAUGGGGCUGCCCAGGGACAGCACUGUUCUUGUAUGUCUCGUGGUUUUGGAAAAAUAAACGUGUACAGCCUGC